UCCCCGAAUUUACAUCCCGGGGGAAAAAAGAAAAAAAGAAAAAAGAAAUCACCCGUCCUCUCCCCGGAUCCGUCCAUCUUGGCUGCUUCCCAGCCGGCAACAUCGGACCGUGUAUCAGAGGGGGCAUCGAUCAGGAGGGCAGCGAUGGCAGAGCAUCUCUCCCAGAGUGAGCUUGACUACCCGUUCAAACUACUGGAGUAUUUCAACGGCUUCAGGGUCUCAAAGGUGAUAUUUUCAGCCUGUGAGCUGGGAGUGUUUGACCUCCUGCUGAAGUCCCAGGAGCCUCUGAGCGCCCAGCACGUGGCCCGGGAGCUGAGUGCCAGUGUGGACGGGAUGGAGAGGCUGCUGGACGCCCUGGUGGGCAUCGAGAUCCUGGAGGUGGAGACCAAGGACGGGGCAGCCUUUUACAGCAGCACUGAUGUGGCGAACCUCUACCUGGCCAAAGGCAGCGCCAAGUCUCUUCACGACAUGAUCGUCUACAACUCCCAGACCAUCUACCCACUGUGGAAUAACAUGGUGGAUGCCGUCAGGGAGGGGAAGAAUCAGAAUGAAAAGACCUUUGGCCUUCCAUCAGAGGAUAUUUUCCAAGCUAUUUACAGGUCAGAAGAGGAGACGCUGAAAUUCAUGGGUCUGAUGAACUCCUCGUGGGUUCUCGACGGACACGACAUCGUGACCGCGUUCAACCUCUCCUGCUUUCAGACGAUUGUAGAUCUUGGAGGUUGCACUGGUGCCCUGGGUCGAGAGAUUGCGAAGGCAUAUCCCUCAUCAUCCGUCACAGUGUUCGACCUCCCGCAGGUCAUAGAAAUGGCUCAGAAACAUUUCUGUCAGGAGAACGAUGGCGUUGUAUUUCAGACUGGUGACUUCUUCAGUGGUGAAAUCCCUGCUGCUGACUUGUACGUUCUGGCCAGAAUCAUUCAUGACUGGCCCGAAGAGAAGUGCCUGACUCUGCUGAAGAAGGUCUACGACACCUGCAAACCAGGCGGUGGCAUCCUGCUGGUGGAGGCCACGCUGUUUGAGAACAGACGAGGGCCCAUCAUGGCUCAGAUCUUCUCCCUCAACAUGCUGUUGCAGGCGGAGGGCCGGGAGCGUCCGCCGUCGGGCUACACCCACAUGCUCAAGAAGACCGGCUUUCAAAACGUUCAGGUGUGUCGGACUGGCAAGUCCUAUGAUGCCAUCCUGGCCGUCAGAUGAGCUCAGACUGGCGCCGGGACAGUCGAGGGAGGAAUGGCUUAAGGGUCUAGGAAAGUAAAGCACUUGAACGGAGAUUUAACUUGAACAUUUCAAGGCCUUGAAAAGGUUAGGGAAAGAACAUGAAACUUUAAGCUCCGGGGAAAAAAACAAAACUGUUGUGCACAUUGAUCUCUGUUACAUGUUGUGGUCAACCCCAGUGACUUUUUCCGAUACUGUGUUCCACUUGUUUUUCAAGGAUUAUACUAAUACAGACAUUCUAUGGAUUGAGGUUGCUGCUGGAUAAUAUUUUUAAAUCCACACUUGCCUCCUCAAGUAAUACUGUGAACAUAUUUCUGCAUCUUUGUGAUGACUCGGAUCAAAGUGCAGCAUCAGAUUCAGUCAAAAUCAACUGAGAUUAAAGUAAAAAUACGCAUAUUUGUCGUCUUUCCGAGUUCUAAAUGAGAAAAUUGAUACCAUUCUCUUGCCUGCAUGGUUAAUAUGUCGCUAUUGUCAGCAAACACUUAGCGUAUCUUAGCAUUAGCUAGCCUCCCUUUAUCCAAUGGCAGCGAAUCCUUCUACCAGCACCGCUAAAUCUCACUAAUUAAUGUGUUGUAAAUCGUUCGUUUAACCUAUACCAUGAAGUGUAAAACCAUCGAGUUGUGGUUUUAUGGAGGUCCUGUUUUCCUCUUUUCUAAUAUUUAUGCUAAGCUAACAGGUUACUGGCCUCAUAUUAAACAGACAGGAUCGGGAGUGGUAUGAAGCCUCUCAUUUAGGUCUUAGUAAGAAAGCAAAUGUCUUUCUGUUCCUUUACGAGUUCCCCACAGACAGCCAAUAUACACCAGGUCCAGUUAUUAGAUAUUUUUGUAUAAUUGCACUGAUUACAGCUUGUGAAGCUGAUAUUGAUUUUUUUUUUAAGGAUCAUCGUGCAAGAAAACAGGCGAUGCUUCUCUCAGGCUUGCCAGAUAUUUUUAACAACAGUUUGAAGCAAAAGAUGUCGUUCAACAUUUUUGCCUUUUGACUGUUUUUUAAAUCACAGAAAUACCAAAAUCUGCUCAGUACUUGCAGUCAAAUCUUCUUUACAAUCAGCCAGGCGCAGCCACCUAUCACACAUGCCUGAAUCAAACACGAAAUAAUCCUGGGUAUCAUAUGAGAUUAUAGUUCCAAUGUUUCUGAAGUAUCAUGGAGGUGUAAUGUAAAAAUUAUAAAAAGCAAUUAUUGACAGAUUUGGGAUAGCUUUUUAUGAAUGUUCAGUCAAAAUAGUGGUUCAAUAUCACGUAAAGAUAGUGGUGCACAAUAUUUUUUAAAAGAAAUUUUAUAUUUAUAAUCCUGGAUUGGUUAUUAUUGACUUUUCAUCUGAUUUUCACUUGUUUUUUAAUAUUAAAAAUAAAUGGCGAGAAUUUUCUAUAUUUUUUAAAAGCAAAUAUACAAAGAACCCCAUCAACAUAUAAUUUAACUGCAACAUUUCCAUCUAAUGUACAGAGUGAUAUGACUUAAAAACAUCAGUAGGAGAGCACUACGGCGAUAAAAUCAUUCGUUCAUAGCAGAUGUUUUUUAUGAACGGUGCUGCCGGUUUUGGAAUCUGCGUAUGUUUAUUUAUUUUCAUUCUGCUGUCAUGUUUCACAGGCAGUAACUGGAAGAAACCGUUAAGUGGAGACAAGAAGGGAAUAUUAGUGAAAAAUAGGGAUUUUUUUUUUUUUGAGCUGGAAAAAGUGAAGAUCUUUGCUCUGUGUUGUGAUGUUGUGUCCCCCACCACCCCCAACCCCCACCGCACACACACACGUUUACUGUGAUGAGUUCCGGUUCCCCUCAUAGAUCAGACUCUGCAGAACUCAACCCUUGAUGACAAACCUCAGUUAACCCCUGUCGUUCAUUUGCUGGUGAUAAAAAGUUCUCAUUUCUUCGUGUCUUCUCUCCCAGUCCCAGUCUGAGGGCUGAUUGGAGGAGAAAUCCAUUUACUACUGUUUAAAUCUGGGUCUUAGUCAUGUCGGUGUUCACUGUGCCGUUUUGUGUAUUUUGUUUUAUCAUUGCUGAGGACAAUGAGGAUGUUGUAUUAAUUGGAGAUUAAGUUUAGCAGCAGCAGCAGCAGCAGCAAGUGUGAGUAGACAAACUGUUACAGUGUUAAAAAUGAACAUGAAGAGUUUACACAAUAAAUCAGUUAUAUCAUCUCAGCUCCAAACAGCUGCUAAAUUGAUUACAUAGUGUGAGACAGAGUGAGAGGAGCAGCGAGAACUUGUUGUUUUUGUGAUUUGCAUGUGUUACUGAUGAAGUGUGAAUUCAAAAUACCGAGAUGUGCGGGAGAAACACACAAACACUGUUCCUGCUGUAUCAAUACACGGUGCCACAAGCUUGUUUUCUGUCUUCUGCUCAUGCCACCGAACAUGUUGGCAGCAUGCAUCCUUCAGAUCAUGUCACAGAGACACACACGAUGUUUAUUCUCUUUGACUGGUUCCUUUCUUCUUAUUUUGCUCCUAUUAAAAGCUAUG